UACGUUCAGGUGAAGGAACAUGAAUUUCGUGCUCCGAGUACCUUUUCACGGAUUUCAAAGUGCGAAAUUUCAAUUAAUUUCUCUUGACAAACAGUAAGUACGAUUUAAACUCGUUGAUUGGACCAUGUGAUUGAAUAAUGGUCUAAGAAUAGCAGAUUAGUCUAUGUAUGUAAUCUUGAAUUUCUCUGCACAAUUGAAUGCCAAGUGUAAUGUGUAUUCAUGACUAAUAGUAUCAUAAAUACAAUGUUGCUCUGGAUGAUGCAUUUUGUAUACAGAGGGACGUAAACUGGUGAAGAUAUUACAUAAGUGAUGACUACAGAUGUGUCUAAAAUGGAAUCAGAGGAGUCCAUUGUCCAAAAUGAACUUUACCCCGCAAGUUUGUCUAUGUCACGAACAUGCGCAGUGGACAGUAAAAAUACAUCACCGAAAAACAUAGCAUCGUGUCAAACCGUAACGCAAGUAAAUGAAACUGUCAGUGUUGACGCCAGAAGUGCGUCUCAAGCCGAAAUCAUCGAGGGAUCCAUUUGUAAAGUCAGCAACAGCAUUCCUGAAAAUAACGAAUUUCAUGAAGAAACUUACCAAACACUUUGCAAAGAUCCGUUAAAAGUCAACAGCAAAAGCUUAGUGGCUGAGACACAGACCGAGUCUAAGAUGAAACACAUUUCCUCAGGAAACGAUUUGAGCGAUCGUUUAAAUAAAACUUCCGACGAUAUAAUACCAGAAAUGUCGAGAAUGUCAGUAACAAGUCCAUUCUUAUCCCCAUCUAGUGAUUCAGUUAAUGGAAUACGGCAUGACGAAAAUGCUUCUAAUUGCAAGCAUGAAAUGUAUAAUAAGUGCUCUGAUGAACUUACUAAACCCAUGGCAAUAGAUAUGAAAGGAAAAGUUAAACCAACACAAGAAACUGUCGCUUCGUCUAUUACUACAAAUGUAGAACCAACAGCACAGAGAAGUGAGUCGUUGGAAUCACAAAUUGAACCUGUGAAUGUUUGUCUGAACGCCAAAAAGGGGCAGGAACGUAUUUCGGUAAAAGAACCAACUAUACUUUCGGAUGACACUCCUAAAACCACGCGUUCAGCCUCUGAUUUAAACGAAACAUGCACUGAUGGGAGUAAAAUCAUAUAUUCGCGUGUUGGCAUGGGAAUACAAUCAGACAAUCGGUCUAUGCAUGGGAAUGAUGUAGAUGCGCCAAAUAUGCAUUGCAUUCCUAAAGGUGCACACCGAGGACGAACACAAAACAUGUGCAGGCCAUCCGACGAACUGUUUCAAAGGUUGUCUUUGCCGACAUUUAGAUACAGCAAUAUAAGUGAACAUGGCUGGAAACCUAAGGCCAUCGAGCCCCUGCCAGUGCAAAGGCUACCCUAUAACAAACUUCGACGUCGAAAAUAUGUGAAAACGUCAUUGGAUAGCGAUAAACUAGAUGCACUUGUUGCAUUUUAUGAUAAAAAGUUGCAAACUGACGACGACCUUGAGAUUAGUUCUAUUGACUUUGUUGACGAGAUUAUAAAACAGAUAUUAGACUAUACGAAUGUGGCAACAGGUUACAAAUACUCCCGCCUGGCAGAUGACGAAGGCUCUGUGACAGUCGAUGCAAAUAUUGGAAAACUUGACGAGCUAGAUUACAGUGUUGAAAUUGUACUGGAAGACAAUGACGAGAUACUGCUGUCUGAUGAACCAUUUAAUAUCGUGUAUGCCAAUGAUGAUAUCGAUGCUAAUGUCAUGGAUGAGAUCCCAGCAACAAUGUUUGUGAAUGGUGGAAAACGUCUGUUUCCGGAAGAAUUGCGUCCAAUUGAUUUAGAAGACGACCCCGUCGAGGUUCCAGAUGGUCAUGUAGCAGUAUGGCUCGGACUUACUGAUGCUUCACGAUUUUUGGAAUGUUGUACUUUCAAACGAACUGGGGAAGAUAACGUCUGGGGAUGGAUUCUACCAUAUCAGCUGUUAUAUCAUUUUCAUGGAGUCAUUGGUGAAACUAUUCAAAAUCUAGAACUUGAAGGUGUAUCAUUGAACAAUGGUGCAAGAGGUCCUGCGGUCACAUUGACAAUCCUUCAACAGGAUGGACCUAAUAUAUCUGUCGACAUUACCCCCAAACUGAACAUUGCAGCAGAAAAUCUCAAGGUAACGGAUUUUCAUUGGCCGAGAUUUGAUACAAAAAGAUGGCUGAAAAAGUCUAAGAUAAAGAAAGUAUGUGCUCAGACAAUUUACUUGGUACCAAAGGGAGAUAAAUAUUGGAAAAUUUCGUUUGCGAAUCUUGAAAACGAGCUUCUGGAUGAUAUUGAUGACAUAGGAACAUGGCGGAAACAGUGUCUCCGAAUUAUGAAGAAGAAACUAAUUCAGUGGAAAUCCAAAUCUCGUGCAGGUCUAAAAUGUCUCUCCUCUUAUCUCUUGAAGACGACACUACUUUGGCUGUGUGAAAUUUUGCCAGACGACAAAUUCUGGACCAGUAACCAGCUAGCGAAUCGUUACCUCAACUUCCUGCAAGAGCUAGAACAUCGGCUUGAAAAGAAAAAUAUGGGAGAAUAUUUUAAUCCCUCAGUAAACCUUCUGGAGUAUAAGGAUGAUGAAGAUAUGGAGGAACUGAGGCAGUUUCUACUAGACGAAAUUGAAGAGUUUACAAAAUAAUGUAUCCAACGAGACAAUUGACAGAAAUAGAUUAUCUGAUUAGCUAAGGAACAUUUUGAAAGUCCUGUAUUGUCACAAACAUGCAAAUUCUCUAGACAAACUAGGCGCAUAAAAUACAAAAAAACACCAAUCAUUUCCAAAAUAUAUAUAUAACUCCUUGCAUUGCAAGUACUUGAUAUGAAUGUCUUUCUAGUUUGUCCAGAAAAGAGUGUGCCUGUGAUUUUAGAUGCAGCCUAAGAAAGUCAUGAUAAGUAAAAAGGAGACACGUUGCAAUUGAAAAUAAAUCAUUUAAUGGAA